AUGCCACACUCGCUAUUACUGCAUUCAUUUAUCUUGAUUGCCACAACCAUAAUAGUGUUUGUAUCGCAAAUAACUUGCGUCUAUGCAGAUUGGUAUCUUCCUGCUAAACAAGUUGGUUGCUACUCUCAAAUAUCAAAUGGCAAUUCACAAGGAGACUACCAGUGGCAAUCUUCAGGUUGGUGCUCUUCUGUUGGAUGUGCCAAUAGCCCAUAUAUCGCCAUAAAAGACAAGGAGUGCAUAUGCUUAUCCAGCUUGCCCUCAAGCAAGGCUGACGGCUCAAGCUGUAAUAUUCCUUGUCCAGGUUAUGGUUCGGAACUGUGUGGUGGAUCAAACGAUUAUUCAGUAUUUGUUGGAAAAGGUAGUAGUGGAGACGACUCGUCGUCUUUGUCAUCACCUUCAGAAAACUCUGCAUCAACAACAGCAGAAGCAGCUUCAUCAAGUCAACAAUCUUCUUCUGCUUCUGCUUCUGCUUCUGCUUCUGCUUCCUCCCCAGCAGGAGCAAACAACAACCAACAAUCUUCAACAACGGUCAAUGGUGCAGAUGGAAGCUCUUCCAACACAGCAGCUGCCACAACAAUCCAAACAACUACUACCAACAGCAACAGCAACAACAACAACAACAGUCCUUCCGUAGUAAUAAUCACCAGUACUGCUAGCUCAAGUGGUGGCGAUAACGGAGGUGUCAUUUACAGAACAGUCACUCAAAGUGCGUCAUCAGCCACAACUUCAUUAUCUUCAUCAACUGCAGAAACACAAUCUACUUCUGCAUCAAAGUCUUCAUCCUCCACAUCUACUUCUACUUCAACUAGUGAUUCUAAGGAAUCAAAUGCAGACGGUAAUGGUGGCAAGAAAACUUCUGCUGGAGCUAUAGCUGGAGGAGUAGUUGGUGGUGUUGUUGGGGCAUUGGCUAUAGCCGGUGCUGCACUCUUUUUCAUUCGCAGAAGGAGAUCCCAAGACGACGAUUAUGACGAUUACGACGAAGAAGGAUUUUACAAUGAGAAACUGAGCACAGGAGGAGGAGGAGGAGGAGUUGGUGGUGCUGGUGCUACCACUGGUGCUGGUGCCGGUGCCGGAGGUUCGAUAACGCGAGGAAUUGGGUCACACAAGGGCUCGUCUAAAAAGAAUAACAAGCAAAGAGUACCUUCACCUUUAGAUAUGCCCAUGGUUAAUCCAUUCCAGCACCCAGACGAUGAUUUAGUACUGAAUAAUACCUCAACUUCAGCUACAGGAAACCCAAGUAUACGGCAGUAUCAAGGAACAAACGGAAACGGACAUGGGAAUGGGGCUGGCGGCUUUGUUGAUCCUAGAUUGAACCCAGUAAUGUUUGGUAGAAGGCGAUUAUCGGAUGGUUCUUUGGCGGACGAGGCAACCGAUUUCCGUGGGAAAAUGUUACAAGUGGCAAACCCUGAUGAAAAUUGA